AUGGAAAUACCAAAUUAUGAUAGUGGUGACAACCCAGAUAAAAAAUAUAAACAGUUAUUUCCCUUCAUGCCAUCACACACAUUUCGGAUGUUAAUCUGUGGAAACAGUGGAAGUGGUAAGACUACUCAGUUGUACCACAUGUUAAUUAAACCACUGUUGUACUUCGAUGAGAUUUAUCUUUAUGCGCGUAAUUUAGAGCAGGAUAAAUACAAAAAGCUAAUGCAAAAAAUGAGAGAACUGAGUUCUAAAGUUGGAUAUGAAAUACUUCAUUUGAGUAAUGAUGAAAUAAACCCAGUGUCAGAAAUGGAUUAUGAAGACAACCAAAAACUUGUUAUAUUUGAUGACUAUGUAUGUGAUAAAAACCAGAGACAGUUAAUAGAUUAUUUCAUUCAAGGACGACAUAAGAAUUGCUCUGUAAUCUACCUCAGUCAAUCAUUUAAUAAAACACCAAAAGAUAUUCGACUGAAUUGUUCUCACUACUGCUUGUACGAAUUUCCAUCAUCGAGGAAAUCCAACAGAAUAUCAUCUGAGUUGGGGGUUAACAAAGAAGAUUAUAAAUCAGCAACAAGAAAACCGUAUUCAUUUUUAUAUGUUGAUAAACCAAAAAAACGUAUUGCAAAAAACUUUAUUGGUAAUAUAUAACUAAUAAAUAAAAUGGGUAUAUUUAACGAGCAAUCUUUAAAUCAUCCCUUUGCUAAGGGAAUUCAGGGUGCUCCAGGAGUUGGAUUUAGUCUAACCACAGAUGGUAAUUAUGAUAUGAAUAAAAAAAGACUCACAAAUGUUGGUGCACCUAAUUCUAAUACUGAUGCUGCUACAAAGAAGUAUGUUGAUGAUAAUUCACCCACAACAACACGAUUGACAGUUGAUUCCGACAUUGAUAUGAAGGACCGCUUCCGUAUUACUAAUCUUAAAGAACCAUCAGACGCAGAUGAUGCAGCCACAAAACAAUACGCGGAUAUACGUUUUCUUUAUAGAAAUGGCUCUCACCCAAUGACUGGAAAUCUGGACAUGAACAAAAAUCGAAUAUAUCAUCUACCAACUCCAACAGAUAACCAACAACCAACACCAUUAGCUUUUACUGAAUCAAGAUAUCUUCACAUUGCUGGAACAAAUAAAAUGACUUAUAAUCUAAACAUGGACAACAAAAGUAUAAUUUAUUUAAAACAACCAACAAACCCCACAGAUGCUGCAACCAAAAAGUAUGUGGAUGACUCAAUACCUGAUACUAGUUCUUUUAUAAAAAAUGAUGGAAGUGUAUCAAUGACUAAUAACCUAAAUCUUGGAAACAAAAAAAUAAUUGGUCUAGGAACUCCAACAUCAAACACAGAUGCUGCAACAAAGAAAUAUGUUGAUGAUAACACAGCUGCCCCAGAUUUAAGUGAUUAUUUGGAAAAAGAUGAUACAGUUGCUAUGACUGGAAACUUUAAUGUUGGUAAUAAUAAAAUAGUUGGUCUCGCAACUCCA